AUAGAAGAAACGCUUCCCGCAGACUCUCGGGUGGCGACCCGAUACCGUUGCGGAAACAAACCAAAACGCCACCAUAAUCUCUACCUCUCUCGGUCCGGCUAUGGAUAGCUGCCGUUCUCUUCCCAAGCCUUAUACCUUCGCUCCCCUUGGCUUUUCUCCUGCUGCUGCCUCUCUCCGGCAUAAAGAUGUGAUUCUAAAGAGGGGUGGCAGGAUCUACCUUACACAGAAGCCCCCAGUGCUUGCUUGCAAGUCAAACAUGCAACCCAAUCUUAUGUUUUCAAGCAAGAGUACUCAGGGAGCACAUCAGCAACUACAUUGCUUGCUCUCUCCUGGAAAACAUGUCAUGCAACUUGCACCCACAUCAUCACAAUUUUUAGGAAGAGAGCAAGCUGGGGUAUCACAUAUAAGUACUGCAUUACAUCCACAGCGUACACCCCUUAUGCCCCCAAAAGCUGUGUACAAUGAUAUAUUCAAAUUUCGAUACCCAGUGAUAACCGAGAAGCCAGCUUGGUGGUGGAGGACUUUAGCAUGUGUCCCUUAUUUGUUAGCCUUGCAGAUUUCUGAUGCAGGAUAUUACAUUCACCCCUUCCUAAAACACUUUGAGGUUUUGGAAGAGCUAGUUUUCUUUGUCCCUGGAGCUGUUAAAAGAUUGCCAUCUUGGUUCAUAAUGGUAUAUUUCUACUUUGCAUAUAUUGGAAUUGUGAAGAACGAAAAUUGGCCUCACUACCUUCGGUUCCAUUUCAUGAUGGGGAUGUUACUGGAAACAGCGUUCCAGAUAUUUUGCUAUUCAUGCAAUUUUUUCCCGCUUAUACACUAUAAUGGCAGGUAUGGGAUGCAUUUCGGCGCAGCCAUUGGAUUUAUUUUCAUUUUCACCUUGCUAUAUUGUGUGAGGUAUGCUCUUACUGGGAAUUACGCUGAGAUCCCUUUUAUCAGUGAUGCUGCAUAUAUUCAUACCCUCUUUAAUAUUGGAAGCUUCCAAAGGCCCUUCUAGGAAAGAGGAAAUGCUAUCUUUCUACGUCAUGAAUAACAUCAAUUGUUUGUCCAAUAUAUAGAGCAAUAGUUUAGAGGUCUUGGGAGUUUUUAUAGUGUCGUUCUUGGCAAUUUUUUGACAAAAUAAAAGAUGUUUAAAUCACAGGAUUUUGUUUUUAUGUUGUUCUUAUCAUGAUAAACAAUUAUGUGUCAUCUUGUGUGUUGUUGAGACACAUUUUGAGUGAAAAUUAAAGGUUUAUUAAUGCA